AUGUCUCUGUCAAAAGAAAAAAGACAUCGGAAACGUGUUCCGGUAUCAUGUCUUAACUGCAAAAAAAGAAAGGUUAAGUGUGAUAAGCUGCGGCCCUGCUCCGGAUGUGUCAAGAACAAUGUGGGCCAUUUGUGUGUCUAUGUAGAGCCAGUCUGGGCCGAAAAUCUGGCUAAAAUUGCAUCUGAGGUCCCUGUAAAUGCACAGGAGACAGCAGUCGACAAACCGCUGUCGCUGGACAUGGAAACUACUAUCGCUAAACAGGCAAAUGAGUUGAAAUGUCUACGAGCACAGUUAGCCCACUUCAGGUCUCAGCCUCAAUCGCAACCCGAUAUUCAGGCUGUAGCCUCUGUUGAUGAACAACGGAGGAAUUUAUCAGCUUCCAAUGGUACUUUGGAUUCCCAAGCGAUGGUAAUUGUUUCUACUCAACUGCAGCUUGGACAAACCCUAGAAAAGAACCACACUGCAAUGUCUGUCUUGGGCAAAAUAAACCCUACAAGAAAGCACUCUAAUGUUCCAGUGCUCGUGGUAGACGACAUUUUUGAAAUGAAAAAUUUCGGCGUUUCUGGACAAGGCGACAAGAAAAAACCCACCCCUUCACCACUUGAACUUUACUCAUGGCUCAAUAUCAUUAGACUUGAUCCGCAACUCACAGCACUUUGGUAUAAAAUCACUAACUUGCAAAAAUCUUAUCACAUGUACAAACAAAGCUUGCGAAAACAAGGCACAGAUAACACCCUAUCUGCUACGGCAAACGAUGAUGCAUCAAACUGCAGUCAUCAAACUUGCCCAGUAGUCGCAUGCGAGUUUAAUACGAUGCUAGAAGAAUCUAAUAUUUCAAUUCCUAGAGAAUCGUCUAGUUCAGUCUCACCGCCUAGUUCGGACUCAACAAGCAGACUACGGCUCGAAGAUGAAGAUGCUGUUGACAUGCUAACCCUGCUACAAAAGUUGUGGUCAAAAGUAAAGACAAAAAUUACACCUCUGCAGCCUUUGAACUAUACUCAACUUAGUUUUUUAGUACAGUUUUACUUCGACAGGCUCGAUAGUGGAGCGCACAAGCAAAUCUUGCUGAAUAGCGAAAUUGACUCCAAAUAUCUUCUCAGAUCUUUUGAAACGCAAAUAAUGAGCUUGUUCGAGUGUUCAGGUGAUGAUAUCAGACUUAAUGUGGGAGUGUUCGCAUCUGAAAUGUCAGAUGAUGAUAUGAUGAAAACACUUAGAAUGAAGGCAAUUUACAUGUCUAUGUUGAGAAUUAUCGUGGAAGAAGCUGUUACAAGCUUGCGUUCUCAGUGUCUAGUUUCAAGUGAUGCUAUCAAUUUGCUUUCUACAAUCUUCCCAUCCGACUUUUUCUCUUCACCUCAGGAAAAUUCCAUUGUCACAGCACUUUCAGACAUCGUAGAGCUUCUUCGACGUGUCAGUGAGGCGAGAGUCUGCAAGAAGGAGCUCAAUAGUCUGUUGUCUUAUGUCGCCUUACUAGUUGCCACCUUGAACUGUUUAUUGCAGCACUACAACAAGAAUGAUUUGCAAUUGGAGAUUUUCGAAUCAUUUACUCAUGUGUUUGAAAUUCUCAUCAAUAAUAUUGUUUCAGAUGAUAAAUUGCAGUUGUGGUGUGAUCCUACCCAGAUAGUAUUUGAAGCCGAGGAUGACGACAAAAGCAAAAUACUUGAAUUAAGAGUGUUGUUUUGUCAACUAUGGAGUGACAUAGUGAGACUUAUUAACCAUGCAGUGAUGAACUUUAUACCUGUUUUGAAACAUUCUAAGCGUUUGGAAAAACAAGUCUACACUGUUCUAGAGAUUAUCGUUCUGGCAGAACGAGAGAACACACAUGCAAGGUUUUUGAGCUCAAUCAUGAGCGAGAACUCAAGAAACAUUGUGAAUACUUUGAAAGUUGGCUACUUGAUUAGUCGAACCCUGUUUACCUUGCUUAAUGGAGUUUAUGGUAAUCCCGCCAUGAGUCAGGUCACGAUCUCCAAAGUAUUCACUUUAGUGUCUGAAAUUUCGAUAAAAGGCGACGAUAUCUCGCUCACGAUGCUUCCUCUUAUCAAGUACUUUGAAAUAAGAUUGAUGCUUCAUUACUUGGAAUUGUUUCUCAUUACCAUUACUACUCAUCAGGCGGAAGAAUUGGGUGAUUCAAACUUGGUGACCAAAAUCAUCCCUGAACUCUUUUCGAAAUGUCUUGAUAUUAAUAAAUUCUUGCAGGGAAGUUGUGUUCAAUUCACCAAGACUGCCAAUUCUCUUUGCGUGUUAGCAAUGAUAGCAGAAGCUCUCGGUCGCAUGUCACAUCUAAUAGCUGGUCUAUUAAUUCGAUUCCGUACCGAGACUCAAACGAACAAGGGAUGUCCGGUCACUCAUUCGGAUACCAAAGACGUUCUAGUUUAUGGCCCUAAACUUAGUGCCCAGUCUCGCUUUACAAUUCCUGUCGAGACCAAAAACAAUAUCAUUGGAGAGACGGAUAAAACCAUGUAUCUACUUGAAACCAACGCUCCAAUCGACUGUGUUUUGAAGAAAACAAAGAUAUGGAAAUUCUACUCGACUUUCAUCAGAAAUUCUCACAAGAUGAACUCAGAGUCAUAUGCUAAGUUACACGCCGAGGCAUUCAAGUCUGGAAAAUUACUAAGCGUUUGUCCAGUGAUGCCCAGCUCAAAAUACCCUGUUUCGGCUACAAGAACAGAAGUGAGCGGGUGCCCUGUUGCCCAUGGCGAGAUGCUCGGAGGGUUGGACUCGAGAAGUUCGCGGGCUACAACACCGUCUUUGAGCAACAUUCUUCGGCCAAACCAGCCAGGGAUCACAAAAGGCUCGUUUUGCCCUGUAACUCACGCAGAUUCAAAUUCCAUUCAAACAAGCAUGUCCUCUAGAACCAACCUGACUCCCGGCAGCGGUCCAAUGGAUCAUCGCACAAAAAUCCGGAAACUUUCUUCUAGAUCUUCUUUUGCCUUCGAGACGGAAACGCCUUCGAAUGAAACAAGUCUUGCUUCAGAGGAUCGCGCUGCUAGCAACCCUAAAGCACAACAACAAAGACUUGAAAAUGUACUUAACUCUGAAAUGGUAUUCCCCAAUACCAGUCCCCGCUUCACACCUCCCUUGUUCCCAUACGCUUCUGCGAGCCUCGCACAAUCUCAGUCUAUUGGCAUGCCAAUGUCUCCAAGCUCAAUGACGCCGAAGCAGGAACUGCAAGCGGACAUAAUAGACUGGGAUAGCUUGCCUAAUUUUAAUUUUGACUUCAUGAGUGACGAGAGUCUCAUGCUGCAAGUCAAUAGUGGUGACAUCAACAGUCUCUUAUCGGAGGGUGUCUUUCUUUAA